AUGUUACAGGAAAAGCCAAUUCCGGCCGCACUGCCUGUACAGAGUGUGCUCGUCUGCGACCGUAAUUGGCCCUGUAAUAACUGCCAGAAACGGAAUGUAGCGAACAAAUGUCAGUUCAGGGCCCUUGAACGCCAGAGUCCAGGUCAAAAGAAGCGUCCGAUUGAUACUGGAAUCCGCAAGGAAACGGUGGAAGACGAGUCUGGUGAUGAAAUGGAUGAGGCACAAGUGCUUCAAGUUUUGGGGUAUGGUUCAGAAUCCUUUUUCUCUAGGAUUUGUAUUCAAGCGAAGAAAGAGAGGAUUCCGCCGAGUCAACUUCGCAUCGAUCCUAAUUCAUGCCCACAAUUACGACACGUUCUCGAUGUACUUCCUACCCGAUCAUUCAUGGACUCCCUUGUUAAAAACUUUUUCGACAACGUCAACUUUCACUAUUACAUCAUCUACCCCUCGUCCUUCCUGGAUGAUUACCGGGACUGGUGGACCGAUCGAAUCUCAGGAGACCCCAUUAAGUUACAAUGGACAUGUCUCCUCACUGUCAUUUGUGCGUGCUCUGCUCAAUAUCUAAGUACCGAGUUACAAGGAAAGCUUGAGCAUGAACUGGGUGAGAAGACGCAAACACUCACCGAACGGUACCACCGAGUUUCUCGCGAGCUUUACAACAUCAUUCCACCUGGAAGGAGUCAUUUACACAGUGUGCAAUAUUUGCUACACUCAUGUUACUGGUACAAGUCGGAAGCCCGGUUCACGGAGUGUUGGUAUAGCUUAUCCGCCGCUAUUCGGGAAGCCCAGGAAAUUGGCAUCCAUCAAGAAAUAUCCAUGCUCGACAUCUCUGACUUCGAACGCGAAAUGUACCGACGAGUUUGGUGUGUGCUUGACACAUGGGAUUGGCAAAUGUCUGCACUGCUUUCGAGACCUCUGAUGAUAGAUCGAACCUGUUGCAAAGUCGGUCUGCCCGAGCUGACCCUCGAAGGCACCACUCCAUCACCACUGCUACACCUGAGAUUACAGUCCGAGCUUAUUCGAAAGCUUUUUAACCGGUUUGGGCCUACCAGAAAUGUUGUUGAGUCUGUCGACAUUCAAGAGUAUCAGAAAAUGUUGGAAGACUGGAUGAUGAAGUUUCCACCGAUAUUUGACCUCGAUAAUCCGGAUUAUAGCCAGGACACUCUUUGCCCAUGGAUUCCGCUCCACCGCCAUUACAUUCACACUAUGGGAUAUUCCAUGAUUCUGGAUCCAUUGCGUGUUCGUUUAGCCACAUCUAUCGAUACGAAAACCGCAUCCAAAGCUGAGGUCCAAAUAAGAACAGACGGCAUCGACUACGCAUUGAAAUUGAUGGCUGUUCUUCGCGGGUUCUUCAACCACGUUUGGCCUCGUGACGCUAAGUUCCACUUUGUCAUAUUUUCUAUUUUUGACACAUCUGCUUUAUACUCGAGCAUUCUAGUCCACGACGAAGAUGGCUCAGUCCCCAAGCGUCAAGAAAUGCUCGACUCAUUUGACAUGGCUGUGGACAUGAUUAAGCAUUUAAGGACGAUUGCUCCAAACUUUCAACUUUACAAUAAAAUCCUCCAUCGACUACGCCUCAAGGUUCGGGGGAAGGUCUCUAUGAAUCCAGAAGUCACUGAACCACCACGCAAGUGUCUGAAAUACACUGUUUCUAAAUCGACAUCGCUGCUCCCGGAUAUAUGUGCCGCACCAAGCACCAUCCCCACUUGCCACAGCCAAAGCCCUGCUGUUGGCUCUCACAAUGAAGAGUAUACAGCCUCAGUGGCUCAAGUAACAAAUGUCGGUCUUGGACCUGAUCCACUGGCUCAACCGAACCAUGGCACAAAUUCAGUUCAUGAAGCAUCUAUAGUCGGUCAACCACCCAUGGUUCAGUCCAGUAUGAGUAAGAACAUUCAGUCUUUAUCGAACCUUGAUGAUGGGAGUGUAGAGCAAGCUAUGUUUGCAUCUAUAUCUGAGGAGGAACUCGGAAAUCUGGCCGAAUUAUGGAGAUGGCAAGAUCUGGAUUUAGGCCUUAUCGACCACUUGGACCCAUGA